AUGGUGGCCGAAGAAGAUUCACGUCUCAUAAAUCUCCAACACAAGUACAAGCAGACAAUGCCUGAGGUUGUGGAGGAGAUGAAGAAAAUUUGGGACAUAAGUUUCCCGGUAGCUGCCAUGGGCAUACUAAACUACCUAAAGAACAUGACCUCGGUCGCGUGCAUGGGCCGACUAGGUAGCCUAGAGCUCGCCGGAGGAGCCUUAGCCGUUGGAUUCACCAACAUAACCGGUUACUCUGUUCUCUCCGGUUUAGCAACCGGUAUGGAACCCCUUUGUGGUCAAGCCAUCGGCUCUAAAAACCCUUCACUCGCUUCCUUGACCCUCAAGCGAACCAUCUUUCUACUCCUCUUAGCUUCUCUUCCCAUCUCUCUCCUCUGGCUUAACCUCCAACCUCUAAUGCUAAUGCUCCGCCAACAACAAGACAUCACAAGAGUCGCAUCUCUCUAUUGCUCCUUCUCUCUGCCUGAUCUUAUAGCUAAUAGCUUCCUACAUCCUUUACGUAUUUACCUACGUUGUAAAGGCAACACGUGGCCUUUGAUGUGGUGCACGUUAGUCUCCGUCCUUCUCCAUCUCCCUAUCACAUUUUUCUUCACGUUUUACAUCUCUCUUGGAGUUGCUGGAGUCGCGAUCUCAUCUUUUCUCACCAGCUUCAUCUCCUUGUUGCUUCUCCUUUGCUAUGUGUACUUGGAAGAACACAACAGCGACAAAACCAGUUCCUCACUUUGUCCUAAAACGCCGUUCUUGUUCAUGUGUGGUCCAAGAGACUCUGGUAACGAUGAGGUGUGGUCAACGCUGGUCAAACUCGCGGUCCCGAGCUGCAUAGCGGUUUGUUUGGAGUGGUGGUGGUACGAGUUCAUGACAGUCCUCGCCGGAUAUCUCCCGGAGCCAAAGGUGGCGCUAGCAGCCGCCGCCAUCGUGAUCCAGACAACGUCACUGAUGUAUACAAUCCCCACUGCGCUCUCCGCCGCAGUUUCCACGAGGGUGAGCAACGAGUUGGGAGCUGGACGGCCAGAGAAGGCAAGAACAGCGGCGGCAGUAGCGAUCGGAGCCGCCGUGGCCGUUUCGGUGUUUGGGCUUGUGGGGACUACCAUGGGGAGAAUUGCUUGGGGGAGAGUUUUCACGGCGGACGGAGCUGUCCUCGAGCUGACGGCGGCGGUUCUUCCGGUGAUAGGAGCUUGUGAGCUUGCCAACUGUCCUCAGACCACAAGCUGUGGGAUCCUACGUGGCAGUGCGAGGCCACGUGUAGGAGCCAAGAUUAACUUCUACUCCUUUUAUGUUGUGGGAGCACCAAUGGCUGUUGUUUUAGCGUUUAUGUGGGGUUUAGAUUUCAUGGGACUAUGCUAUGGGUUACUUGGGGCCCAGGUUGUUUGUGCAAUCUCCAUUUUGACCGUUGUCUAUAAGACAGAUUGGAACAAAGAGUCCUUAAAGGCUCAUGAUUUGGUGGGCAAAAACGUCAUCUUACCUGAUGUUGAUCAAGUUAUUGUCAAAGUGGAAGAAGGUCUACACUAA